CGGAGGGAGCCGCUGCACCGGCAAAGCGUGUGUCUCUGCGGGUGCCUGGUGCCUGCAGGGUGUAGAGGGAGUGUUGGGGGGGGGGGGUCAUGGCCCCAAGGAUACACCCCCCCCCCCAUUUCCCCUCCACACACCCCGGGCUAGACGAACCCCGCCAGCCUGAGCCAAACUGACCACUGGCACACGUGAGCAUCCCUGCGUACCACUGUUGAGCGGUAACCCCACGCAGCAGGACCUGGAGCUGCGUGUGGUUAUGCACCUCAGGCGUUCCUCACACCAGCGGAACGCUUGUGCCCUUCGGUUGUGUGAGCCACGCCGCUCUUUGUGAUGUGUCUUAAGAAGCAAAGUACGGAACUUGGUCCUGACUUCUUGAGGAUACAUUACCUGAUGUUAUGUUAUUCCUUUGAUCCAGGUAGAGAUCUCACAACCCAAAGAAGAUGUCAAGGCGCAGUAGCCGUUUGCAAGCCAAGCAGCAGCAGCCACUGUCAUGUCAAGAAGAGUCUCCACAAGAACUGCAGGCAACAGAACCUCUCCAGACCAGAAAAAGGAGAACAGCAGAGCAGGAGAUUAAGAAAAGAGAAGAUGGGAAAAUUGCUAAAAAACAUCAAUAUGAGAUUAAGAGUUGUUGGCCACCCACGAUAACAGGAGGCAUCUCACCUUGCAUAAUUAUUGAAACGCCUCACAAAGAAUCAGUAACCACUGACUUCUCAAGAUUCAAAAAAUACAGGUUCAGAAACCUCUUCAUAAAUCCAUCACCUUUGCCAGAACUCAACUGGGGAAAUUCCAAAGAUGUCUGGCUCAACAUUCUGAAGAAGGAGAACAGAUACGCUCAUUGCAAACAUUUCACAUCACUACAUUCUAGUUUGCAGCCUCACAUGAGAUCGAUACUGUUAGACUGGCUCUUAGAGGUAUGUGAGGUGUAUGCACUCCACAGGGAAACCUUCUACCUAGCUCAAGACUUUUUUGAUAGAUUCAUGUUGACACAGAAGAACAUUAACAAGAGCAUGCUUCAGCUCAUAGGAAUUACCUCAUUAUUCAUCGCCUCCAAACUUGAGGAAAUCUACGCUCCUAAAAUACAGGAAUUUGCUUAUGUCACCGAUGGUGCUUGCAGUGAAGAUGAUAUUGUAAGAAUGGAACUCAUUAUGUUAAAGGCUUUAAAAUGGGAACUCUGUCCAGUGACAAUCGUCUCUUGGCUGAACCUCUAUCUUCAAGUGGAUGCUCUAAAGGAUGUCCCGAAAGUGCUGCUACCUCAGUAUUCUCAGGAAAAAUUCAUUCAGAUAGCACAGCUCUUAGACCUGUGUAUCCUGGAUGUCAAUUCUUUGGACUUCCAGUACAGAACGCUUGCUGCUGCAGCGCUCUGCCACUAUACCUCAACCGAAGUAGUUAAGAAAGCUUCAGGCUUAGACUGGGACAGCAUUUCAGAGUGUGUGGAAUGGAUGGUUCCCUUUGUGAACGUGGCAAAAAAAGUCCCUGUGAAGCUGAAGAACUUUAAGAAGGUUGCAGUAGAAGAUCGACAUAACAUCCAAACACACACAAAUUAUUUGGACAUGCUGGAAGAAGUUAACAGUGGAGUAGGAUCUACUGCCCCAGGUCAGUUAUCACCUGUGUCAACAGGAGGCAUAAUAACCCCUCCCAAAAGCACAGAGAAGAAAUGAAAUAUGGACACCACACACCAGGGACAGUUUUGGACACAGGACUCGGGGCUUCAGAGCAAGACCACACUCGAGGGGCUCCUGCUCAGUACUGCUACUCAAGACUUGGGCAGUAAAAGACACAGCAACCAGCUGGAAACUGAGGCCAGCGUGCUCCCACGGGCUGGAUGGUAAAAGCGUUAGGCCGAGCAUCCCUCCACCCUGUCACAGGAGCCUGGACUGCUUCGGUCCCUUCUCAGACACAAAGUUCAACCCUGACCCUGCCUAACUUAAAAAUUUCAAGAACUUUUUAAAAAUGGCUAAGUGGCAAAGUUUGUCCACUCGACCUUGCUUUAACUUGGGCUAGCCGUACAGGAGAACUUAAUGACAGCUUGUACAUAUUAUUACCUCUUCUUGGUUUUUUUCUCUUCUCUUGGUAAGGUCCGAGCUUAACGCCUGUCUGUUAGUCACCCAUGAGCUCAGGUGCAGUAUUACAGAGGUCAGUGGGUACACAGUUUACUUUUCUGAAACCACUCUGCCCUUGCAGUCCAGGGUCACCAGCCCUGUAUCCAAUGCUAGCUCCCCGGGGAGGCUGAUGAAUUCAAGGUGGCUCUCUAGGGCUGCCCUCAACUUCAGCUCCAGUGUAUCGCUGACCUCAGGCACAGGCCCUGCUGCUGAAGUCACCCCAACUGGAAGAAGCCCAGGCCCGGGAGGAAGGAGGGCUGUUUUAUAAGACCCAGCCACCAGCUUUCAACAAGAACAAAUAUAACAAGAACUGGAGAGGGCAUGGAAAAAAAAAAAAAAGCCAGCCCCUGGUACUCUACAACCACUCCCAUCAUAGGAACAGUAUUUUAAACUAACUGUGGUGCUGUAUUUUAUCAGUGUUUAUAAACAGCAUUAACUACUGUGUUUUCCUUGGAAUAUUCACUACCUCUGAAUCACUUCUGUGAUGAAGGGACAGUACUGGGAAAGAUCCUCCUGCCCUGUGCCCCACAGCCAGGGACAAGUUUUACAUGACACUGAGCAGUCCACAAAGCUGCACGAGAGCAGCAAGUGCCACCCACCUCCACAUUAAACACACACUAACUUA